UUUCAUUCUCACAAACCUAUCUUUGUAAACACAUAUAGAAAUGUAUUUUGGUAAUUUUGGUGAGCAAUGCGUGAAAAACAGGAUUUUGCCUAAAAAAUAGUAAAAGCUUGCAAAUAUGGCGCUGUACGUGAAGCAGGACUUCUCUCCGCCAGUGCUAUCUAGAAAAUGGGUUCUCAUGAAGUUCAGACCAAAUAUGCUCCUAUACAGCCGUCAACACAUACUCUCGAUCCUGGAGAGCGGGCUGCUGUUCCGGGAAGACAGCAUCGAGGUGGAGCAGGAGUCUCCGGGUGCUGCGGAGGUGUGGCUGGCGGCAGGGGGCGGGGCCUCCGGCUGGCUCACGCGCGGGGAGCGUCUCGCCUCUGUUGUUGCUGUCUCCCUCUGCGUUGCGAUGUUCCCUCCUAGAGCCAUGAACCGGUCGGCGCUGGCGUACGUGGCGGCGUACGCGGCGCUGCCGCUGGCGCUGCGCGCGGCGCACCGGCGCGCGGGCGGCGGCGCGCUGGCGGCGCUGCUGCGCGCCAUGCGCGGGUACCUGCAGCUGGCGCGCCGCGCCGCCGCCUGCCUGCGGGAGUGCGCCGCGCUGCGGGCGCAGCUGGGGUCAGUAUCAUCAGUGAUCGAGUCAACGCGCACGAUGCUAUGCCGGCAGCAGUCAGAGUUGGCUGUGACGAUGUCUCGCGCGUCGUCCGCGCUGCUUGGCAACGCGCCCUGGCUGCGUAGUGACGUCGCUUGGGACGCUGUGGACAGGGGCGACGAUGACAACCUUAUAAAAAUCCACCAUGCGUUUUUAGUUGUACAGUCUACUUUGCUGAAGCACAUAGCAAUGGCUCACUAUAUACCCUCAAUACACGCUCAGAAGCUGUACAGAAACCUUAACGAGCGCAUAUACUGGAUCCACAACACUCUAAUACGCCAUCUGACAGACGAGUUCACGGAAAAUUACGAGGCUCUAGAGAGAAUGUACCGGCUUUUGAAAAACUACGGAAACGCCGACCAAAGCGUGACCAAAAAACCAGGUUCAGCCAUAAAUGAUACUUGGACGUACUCCGACGUACAUUCAGACGUGGCCAGAGCUAACCUAGAACUUAAAUUAGCCCUUAAUAAAUGUAACAAUCUUGAUGCUUUCUUAGACUCCUGCGCACUACAUAAACAGGAGAUAGACUUAGAAAUGUUAAAUAAAGAUAUUGACAACUUAAUAGGGCAUAUUACUAAGUCUUUGUCGACGGCGCAAUCGUCGCAACUUCGCCUUAAGAAGUUACUCAUGAAGUUCGGGCCUAAGGAGGCGCAAACUUUGACAGAAGUUUUGAUUGAGAACGACAAGAAUAUUUUGAAAAUCGAAGACCGCGAACCGGAAGCGAGAGACGAAGUUUUUUACUUCGUCAAAACUGAGGACGAUGAAGAUCGCGUUCAGCCUAGUGGUGACAUUAGCACGGGGCCGGGGAAAAAGGAAAAGGAAACGACGAAAAUAGUAUUGAAUGAGUUAAGAAGGAAAUUAGUCGGAAGAGAAGAUGUUAUGAGGGAACGCGAACGGCAAGCGCUUGCGAAAACCAUGCCAGAACUAAAAGACAAAGUACCAGAAUUCCCGAGACAAAUAAAAAUAGAAGAGUACCUAGAACGCAAAGGGUACAUCACAAAAAUACCCAAGAAGACAUCAAAAAGGAGAUUGUUUAAGAAAUACAAAAUACAAUCGCCAAAACCGAGCACUUGCAGUUUAAAAAACAAUUACAAAUUAAAUAAAAAGAAGUUCGACAAUGAAAGCGAUAUAAAAUCUCCUUCGUACGAAGCGAACUCAAUAUUGAACGCGAAGAGCAAAAUUAUUACUUUUUGUAAAAAUAAAAACGAUACAUUUAUAACAGAAUGGCAUAAGAACUCUUCUAAACAAGAUACAUUGGAGUUUAGCGAUUUAUCGGACGGUUUAAGCGACGUUGAAGGCGGUGCUGUGAAUAAAAAUAUUAAUCAAUCGAUAAACGAAUCCAUUUUGAAGAAUAACACAAAACAAAAUGGCGACGCUCGUAACUUUACGUUUACGAAGAAAGAUUUGGAACUAUCGCCGUCGUCGACAGAUUCCGAGAGUGAUUUCGAAUUGUACAAAGAAAGGCAGAUAGCGUUGUUGAAAGACGUGAGGAAACACAGAGCGGCUAGACGGAAGAAUUUCCCUGAUAAAAGAGCAGUCAAGCCACAAGAGAGGCCCGAGGUGGUGGAUGAGGGCCUCCGCCCCGUCGAGUACAGCUUCGGCGCAGGGCUCGCCAUGGCGUCGGUGCUGCAAGUCAACAGCAGCGCUCGCUUCCCCAACUUGGCCCAAGAAGAAGUGUUCAUUGGAGAUGGAGAGGUCUCCGAAGACAGCGGAAAUGAUGAGGACGCCUAGCUGAGAAUAAGGCCGGGUUUCCACUGACGCGGAGAUGGGCGGAGAAGAGCGGAGAUGUGCGGAUUUGACCAAUCACAGCGUUCGAGAGAGCGAAAAACGAAGACACUCUGUCACUCUCUCCCUCACGGUGAUUGGUCGAUUCCUGUACAUCUCCGCUCAUCUCCGCGUCAAUGGAAACGGAGCCUAACCCUUAUUAGUACAUCAAGCUCAAAUUUAGGUGGCAGAAUUGGGGGUUAAAAAGGCCACAUCAAAACAAUUCACCUAAAAAAACAUUUGUUUGCAUUGCGCACUUACUUUUUUAUGCGCAAACGUCAAAUUGUCAAAUCGUCAGAUGUAAACGGACCCUGUGAAAACGGGAUAAUGCUAGUGAGAUGGUCCUUAUUUGCCUUCCAAAUUUUGCAGUCUAUCAUUUCUUAACAUGUCGGCAUUUCUUCCAAUGAUAAUAAUUAUGGUCUAAUAGGCAACGCAUUUUUUGUUCCUUAUUUGAUAUAUUAAGCAUAAUUAAUUAUUCAAUAAAUUAUAUCUAGUCGAAAACAUUAUUUCGAUAUUCGAUUAUAAAUAUUUUCUAUUAAAAUAAUAAUAAUAAUUAUUAAAAUAAUAAAUUUCUUACUAUUAACUGUGAAUAAUGUUGUGUAACAAUUGGUAUGAUCGUGAAUAAUUUUAAUAAAUAUUAAUUUUAUGUUUAUUAUUGCUAUUA